AUGGCCAAGUUCCGGUCCCUGACCGCUACUGCCGGCAGCUCACGGCCAGUGUUUGUGUUCGUCGAUGGCGGCUACUUCUCCCGAGUUUGCUCGACUAAGAUCCUCAACUGCAACCGGUGUUGUGACACCUCUACUACAGAUCAACACCCUCUUCCAUGUGUGGAAGAUGUGUUCGCCACUCUGGCUGGAGGACAACGCUUCGCCAAGAUCGAUCUGAAACAAGCGUACCUCCAGAUGGAAAUAGAGGAGGAAUCGAAGCCACUUCUCACACUGACAACGCCCCUGGGCUUGAAUCAGCUCAACCGUCUCGGAUUUGGUGUGGCUUCCGCACCAGCGCUGUGGCAGCAGGCCAUCGACCGCACCCUGCAUGGCGUUCCACGUCAGGCCUGCCUGCUAGAUGACAUCAUCGUCACCAGUCCCGACGACGACAAACAUUUGGACAAUGUGGAGAGCAUCUUGGGUCGUCUCUCCAACCACGGCCUGAGAGUCAAUCCAGCGAAGUGCACGUUCUUCGCAGAUGCAGUGGAGUACUGUGGUCACAUUGUCAGUCGCCACGGUUUGCGCAAGACUGAUGACAAGAUCAAGGCGAUCAAUGAGGCCCCUGCACAACAGAACGUGUCCCAGCUGCGCAGCUUUCUGGGUAUGGUAUGCUACUACCAGCGCUUCUUGAAGGACUGCUCCACGACUCUGCACCCUCUCAACCGCCUGCUCCGAAAGGGUCAGUCCUGGCAUUGGACAGCUGACUGUGCAGCAGCAUUCAAGACCAUCAAGGCAGCUAUCGCCUCGGAUCAGGUACUCAUGCAUUUUGAUCCCGACCUGCCGGUACAGUUGGCAACUGAUGCAUCACCCUACGGCCUGGGAGCGGUGCUCUCGCAUGUUCUGCCGGACGACCAAGAGCCUCUGACAGCCAUUUUCAGUCCGAGCAAAGGAUUGCCAGCUCUGACGACAGCGCGUCUACAGCGGUAUGCCAUAUUCCUGGCCAGUAUGAGUUACCAGAUCAAGUAUCGCAAGUCAGGUGAUCAUGGAAAUGCUGACGGCUUAUCACGACUGCCCUUGCCGCACACGCAAGAGGAGAGCCUGGACUGGGCAGAAGUAUUCAACAUGGCCCAGAUUGAUCCGCUUCCAGUGACAGCCGUGGAAGUCGCUCGCCACACCGCUCGUGCUCCAGUCUUGGCAAAGGUCCUAGCUGGUGUUCGUGACGGGUGGUCACACUCCCCAACCGACGGUGACAUGCAGCCAUUUGCGAGGCGCAAGAAUGAACUGGGACUGCACCAAGGAUGUCUUAUGUGGGGAAUCCAGGUUGUCAUCCCACCCCUACUACGCAAGCGAGUACUCGAGGAACUGCACACAGGCCAUCCAGGCAUGGUUCGUAUGAAGUCUUUGGCCCGUAGCUUCAUUUGGUGGCCAGGCAUUGACGCUGACAUCGAGACAACCGGCAAGGUCUGUGCUGGCUGCCAGGCACACCAGGCAGCACCACCAAAGUCACCACUCCAUCCCUGGGAGUGGCCAUCCAAGCCAUGGCAACGCCUCCACAUUGAUUUUGCAGGACCGUUCCAAGGGCACAUGUGGCCGAUCAUGGUGGAUGCCCACAGUAAGUGGCCGGACGUUCUGCCAAUGAACAGCACCACUGCUCCAGUCACCAAUCGCCGUCUCCGGGAAGUAUUCGCCCAGCAUGGUUUGCCUGACCAGAUCGUCAGUGAUAAUGGCCCGCAGUUCACAUCCGAUGAGUUCCGUCGUUUCACUGAAGCCAACGGCAUUACCCACACCUUCUCAGCACCGUACCACCUGUAG